AGUUCAGUUCGAGCCUCGCGCCAUGAUCGCCGCCGCCGGCCUGCUCCUGCUGGUCCCCCUCGCGGGCUGCGCCCACAUCGCCUCCCUCAACAUCGAGCAGCACCAGGGCAACUACUCCCAAGUGAUGCCGUUCCUCUUCAACCAAACCACCGAGCACGUGCUGGUCUUCCCCACCUCGGACUCCAUCUACCCGUACCGGGUGAAGGCCUGGAGCAGCGGCGCCAAGCUGGCGAGCCCGGUCCUGGUGGUGGUGCGCCAGGAGCGCGAGGUGAUCUCCUGGCAGGUGCCCUUCGUGGUGGACACCACCAUGAAGGAGGGAGUGGUGCACUUUCACAACACCUCGCGGACGCUCUGCCACAACGACAUGCCCAGGAUUGCCAAAGCCAAGGCCACUUCCAGGAUCUUGCCCAUCCAGCUGUCCCAGAAUUUCAUCAUCGCACUCUCGACUUCGUCGCUGGUUAAUGUGGACAUUUCGGUGAUGGUGGAGGAGGAGCGGGACUUUUAUUUGCAGGAGGGACGGCCGUAUGAGGUGUCCGUGUCGCCGAGCGAGUCAAAGUACUACUACUACAAGUUCCAUGAUAAGAAGAACACAAGUGCGAUGAUUGAAAUCAACUCGGAUGAUGAUGUUUGUUUGACGGUUUCCAUCCAGGAUAGCUUUUGCCCGGUCUUGGACUUGGAUAAGGAUAUUACGUACGAGGGGAAGUACCAGACGAUCAAUCGGAAAGGAGGAAUGACAAUCAGACAACGCGAAUUCCCCGACGGCUUCUUCCUGGUCUUCGUGGCGAAAGCCGACAACUACCAAUGCAGCCAGAAACACUCAGUCCUCCUCGUUGAGCACCGCAAACAGCACCUGAUCCUCGCCAAUCGUACUUCCACCAUCACCUUCACCAUCAACAAGGGCAUAAAUGGCAAAGAGUACGAGAUCGCCUCCUUGGCCACUCUUGGAGCGCUCCUAUCCUUCUGCAUAGUGAGCACCAUCAUGAUUUUUGCCUUCACGAGAUGGGGCACCAUCUCCAAGUUCCGGCCGAGCGGCGACGAGCUCGACGCCGACUGGAAGGAGCCCCCGGAGCCCCCAAUCACGCGCGAACUCAAGCACGAGCUGCUGUCACGGCAAGCACUGACGGUCAACCUCCUGGCCCGCGCCCCAGAGAAGGACAAACGGCGCUCCUACAACUACCUGUGGCACAUUCUGAGCAUCGCGAUUUUUUACAGCAUCCCGGUGGUGCAACUCGUCAUCACGUACCAGCGGGUGGUUAACAGGACUGGCGACCAGGACAUGUGCUACUAUAAUUUUUUGUGUGCCAAUCCGGCCUUUGGCUUGAGUGAUUUCAACCACAUUUUCUCAAACGUGGGGUAUAUCAUAGUUGGGAUUUUGUUCCUAGGGGUGGUACUCCAUCGGCAGACCAAAAUCCCCAACAGUUCGACUGGGAUUCCGGUCCACUAUGGGGUUUAUUACGCCAUGGGGAUUGCCCUGAUCAUUGAGGGCAUUUUGUCGGCCUGCUACCACAUAUGCCCCAGCCAGUCCAACUAUCAAUUUGAUACCAGCUUUAUGUACGUGAUGGCGGUACUUUGCAUGAUUAAAUUGUACCAAAAUAGGCACCCAGACGUCAACGCCACGGCCUACGCCACCUUCACGGUGCUCGGAAUGGCCAUUUUUUUGGCAAUGAUCGGGAUCCUGAACGGCAGUCUAACAGUGUGGAUUGUUUUUGUUGUGAUUUAUUCGCUCUUGUGUGCCUAUAUUUCCUUCAAAAUCUACUUUAUCAGUUUUGUGUUUGAUGGUUUUAAACAACUGAAGCAAAGUCUCAAAAGUAGUAAUAAAGUUGAAGCGAUUGCUCCGAUUCGGAAAAGCCGUUUUGCCCUUCUUGUGAUUGCGAAUAUAAUCAAUUAUGCGAUGUUGAUUACUGGGCUUUGUCUCUACAAUACCGGGGUUACCGAUUUUGGGACGUUUCUUCUAGGGUUGCUGAUGGGGAAUUCGGUGCUGUAUGCGGUUUUUUACACAGGAAUGAAGCUAGUCAAUGGCGAAAGGAUCUGUUUUGAGGCCAUAAUUUACGGACUUUUGGCAAUCGCAGCUUGGGCCACAGCCACUGUCUACUUUUUAGACAAUGCAACACUUUGGACUGUAACUCCUGCCGAAUCGCGCCAGUGGAACCAAGAGUGCAUCGUGAUGAGUUUCUACGACAAACACGACGUUUGGCACUUAUUAAGCGCCCCCGCCCUUUACCUAACUUUCAUGUUUUUGUUAAGUUUGGACGAUGAUCUCGUCGACACAAAACGCGAGGAAAUAACCGUCUUUUAGGUGAUUUAUUUGUGAUAACCAAUUUUUAUAUCGUUGUUGUUUGAAAUAAAUGAAUAAAACGCAAUGUUGUUGAA